AUGGCGGCUCCAGGGGUCGCGGGGGAGCAGGAGGAUGAGCGUCCAGUUUCGUUAGAGGGGCUGGCAGAUCUUUGGAACGCAGAUGAAGUAGUCCGGGAGAAGCUGCUUCACACAGGGUCAUUUCUUUCAUGGCCAUCCGCCAGAUCCAAGGGUGUUGUCAAUUUUGAUAGCAUGAGGCUGAACGCUGCUGUCAUCUACAAAGUUCUAGAGCCGUGGUUGCCCCAGAACCCGUUCCCCAAGACUGUUUCCAUCGAUGCUAUCCGAGACGAGGAUUGUGUUGACAAACUUCGGAUGAAGCUGAACAUGGAUCGCGAUGCUGUCCAGAUUUCGUGUGAUGCAGAUUCCACCAAGAGUUUCAUCACUUACAUCGUAAGGCGGCAUGAUGGGUCUCGCCGCAGGGACCCAAUCGUUUCUGAGAUUUUCAGCUAUGUAGCGGAGUUUUGGCCAGUCAUGACCAGAAAGAAUAGCUGCGAUGAAGAUUCCCAAGCCCAAUCUGCAGAAAGUUCAGCCCCUGAUGAACCUAGUGAUGAUGUAGUUCAACAUGAUGAUUUCAACGAGGAGUUUUCUGACGCAAUGUUGCUUCAAUUGGGUCUUCGGGAUGACGGUUACCCUGCACAUGACAUGGAGGACGACCUGAUGAAUGAUAGCAGUGCCCCUAUCAUGGCCCAACCUGUGGAGCCACCCCGUGAUUCACAACUCUUGGAGGACACAUACCCGUACCCCAUGAGCCUGUCACCGCCGAAGUUGGAUGCUUUGGAAUGUGAUGGUCCUUGUCCAACGGGUCCUGGUUCCCCGGAAGUAGGGCGAUAUGAUGGACACAGCUCCCCAGCCCCAGCACCUUCACCGCCCCAAACGGAUACGGUCAUGAAGGACACAGUUGUGGUUGAUUCCUACAGCCCAAGUAUCGCCCCAACAGAGUUGGAGGUGACGCCCUCCCCAAAUCCAGUGCACACUUCUGAGAACCAGAAGGUUGACUUGAUCGAAGUUCCAGAAUCACCAGAGCCCAAGAAGGAUCCCAAGAAAGAUGUAGAUUACCAGCAGCGGCUGCAGCUCCAGACCUGUGCCCGGCCAUUGCAAAGCACUAACCAACCAGCAGAGCCCAGCCCACCCGUACCAGUCAGCUUUGAUGCAAAUGCUGACACAUUGCCUUUUGACCUUUCACCUGUGGCAAAGGCUUGGAAAGAGGGUGGGGGUCCUAGUGAGGCUGCACCUUGUUUGGAAGGAGGUUCUGAGGCAGCACCAGGCAAAUUGCACCGGUCUCACCCAGCAGCUGUUGUGGAAUCCCAGCCUUCGGCCUCUUCUGACCCCCCGUUUGAAGACUGUCCUUCCCAACCCCUGAGCAAUAGCAACAACCAGGAAGAUGCUUCUGCCCAAGUUCUCGGUACCGAUGCCAAGCAGCCCACCGCCAGCGAGCCAGCAGAACCCAAAUCCUUGUUCCAUGCCACCCAACAGGUUUCUAGGCAAGAGCAAAUGGCACAAAGGGAUCAGAUGCAGAAAGAACAGGAGGAAAAGAAAAGGAAGGCACAUGAGGAUGAGGAUGAUGAGGAGCCAGAAGUGAAUCCAAACACUGAUCCAGCCACUGAAACCCGCCCUAGCGAUGUUGGAGAUUCAGGUGAUGAAGGUGAUGGUGUGAAAGGAAAGGGAUCAAAGAAAGAACAGGCAAUGGCAAAAAGGAAGGCGAAGGCUGAGGAGAAACGUAAGGCAAAGGAAGAAACGAAACAGUUGAAGGCUGAGGAGAAACGAAAGGCAAAGGAAGAAGCAAAACAGUUAAAGGCUGAGGAGAAACGCAAGGCAAAGGAAGAAGCAAAACAGCUGAAGGCUGAGGAGAAGCGUAAGGAGAAGGAGUUGAAGGCCGAGGAGAAGCGUAAGGCAAAGGAAGGAGCAAAGAAGGAUGAUGGCAAUGCCAAAAGACAAAAGGCUUCCCAUGACAACCCAGCCAACCCACCAGGUGAAAAGGCAACCUUUGCCAGGCGCGCCCGCCCAAAGACGGCAGGGUGUGGAAAGCGAUGGGACAGUUUGAAGUGUACCUUCAACACCCGUUUGGCCCACCUUUUCGCCCACCCCUCAGCCAUGGAGGUAUUUUGCCUCAUAGUUCUCAUGAUCGGGUAUCUCGAGCCGGUUGACAUGACGAACGGCGGGAAUGAGUACAUGGUGCUAGAGUUCUAUGCAGGUGCAGCCAGGUUAGCUUGCAUUUUGGUGCUGCAAUCCAAAUUCGCUGGAUGCUUGCUAUAUCCAGUUCGGUUCACCGGCAAGAUCCUGGAGUACGGCACGGAACUCUUGGAAACCACACCGCGACUCGCUGAGGUGCCUUGGGAUAAGCCGGUGAUUCAGCUUCUGGCCGAAAUGGAGACUGGCGACACUUGGAACGACGCAGAACUGUGGACCAUCUACAGUUAUGUCAGGCAAUCCAAGCUUUUACGCUUGCCUGCGGGAAUACCCGGGAAUCAGACCCUGUUGAGAGGGUUGCACAUGUCCCAAGCGCUGGACUUGUCGAUCGAAAAUGAUCCUUCUCCUGAAGAGCUCAGGGCAGAGCUGAGGCGACUUGAAGCACUAAGUGAGCAAUGGAAAGCUGCGCAUCCCGGGGAAGAGUCACCAUCACGCAACAGCGACAUGGGCGAUGAAGAUUUGCAAAUCCUGUUUGUGAACCAGGCUGCCAAGGACAUCCACUCAGCUUUGGUCAAGCACGAGGUGAAACCGGAACCCUUGGAUGAUUGUGCCAACAGAGAACUUUUUCCGGAUGCCCAAGUUGAUGACAGCCCCCGGUUUCCACCCGAGACCAUUGGUGACACGCAACAUGAAGAGUCGGAUACCGUUCCAGCUGAUCCCCCCACUGCUCCAAGCGAGGUAGGUCCCACUGAAAAAGGUAAGGACAUGACUGGGGACCUUGGAACACCCAACAUGCCAGAACAGUCAGAAUCCCCCGCUCCUCCAGCUAUGCCGAGUGUGCCAGCCAGUGACCUUGGAAAAGGUUCUGCUAUUGGCAAGGGCCGUGGGGGAGUCAAGAGGUAUCACAUGGCCUUAAAACAGAAUACUCUUCUUUUUUGGGGGGCCAUGCAACUUGGUGUUAUUGACAAAUUUGUGAAGCGAUGCAGAUCUAUCACCGAGAAAAUCACGGAGGAGACGGCAGAAAUUGAAGGCGAAUGGCUUACUGAAGAGGACAUGGGCCUCCUUAAGACGGCUGUGUCCAUAUUUUUCAAUCCCAUGUUUGCUGAGGCUUGUGCAUACAUAGGCUUGGCCCACCUCAUGAAUGCGGCCCCGGAGGAGCAAGAGGCAAUCCCGGUGCAUGAGGUUCAACCGGAGGGCCAGGAAGAACUUCAAAAAAUUGGUUACCCAGAGGUUGAGGGGGAUCUAGCACCAUCGGCUAUUGUUCCCAAAGCUUGCACUACCAUCCAAAAGCAACACGUGAAAGUGAAAGCCUUCAUCAGCAGCUUCUCUGGUGAUCUUUCUCGCAUCCAGACCAGGAGUCCUUGGGGCAGCGGGCGAUCCCUCAGCUUACUGAUCAUCAUUGGCUAA